AACAUUUGCAUUAUGAGCCAUACCCAAGAACACCAUCGAAACUUUUAGUGGUUCGAUUGAUAUCCAUAGUACAUUACUCUUCUUCCAGGUUAAAUAUAAUUGAUGCAAGUUCACUAACAGUACUUCUACCAUUUUAGUGCACUAUUUAUGAAUUAUAUGGUUUUCGUAUCAGGCUAUAAAAACUGUUUGGUCCCUGUCAGGUCAUUAGGAAGUUGUGGAAAUACACCCUCAGAGGAACACCACCUCAUGAAAAUAGAAUAAGAGGCUAACUAGCAGCCAGGUGCCCACCUCUAUAAAAUCCCAACGUUUAGUAGUCUGGUGUCUAUAAACAAAAUGCCAAGAGAAAAGACAUCAGGAAUGAUCUUAGAGUAGUAGUUGUUGCUCAGCAAUCUGGGAAGGAUUAUAAGGCCAUUUCCAAACAAUUUCACGUUUUACAGUAAGAUGUUAUUUACAAGUGGAAAAUAUUUGACAGUUGCAAUUUUAUCCAGGAGUGGACGUCCCACCAAGGUCAGACGUUACAAAAAAACAGAGUGCACUACCGGCAUGUUAAAUGUAAAUGUUUAUGAAUUUGACAUGGUGCACUGGUGCUAUAAAUAUAUGAAAUGCUAGAAAAGAUUUGUGAAGGUAGAUGGUGGUGGGUCCUUGGUUUUGGUCUUAAUGGUCUGCAGCCUCCUGGUAGAGGUGACUGGUUCACAAAGUCUUUGUCCCUGUAAGAGGGGUUCAGCCGCAAUCCAGGCGCUGAAGCUGUACAGGUUCUGUAGAUGUGGAAGUCUGCAGCCAAUCACCUGGAUGGCAUGCUGCAGUCUCCCUAUGUCUUUAGGACUGGUAGCAGUGUACAAGAUGGUGACAGAGGAGGUAAAUAUGGACUCUUAGAAAGUGUCUCUCCUCAGAAACAAACACAACAGCACAGCUUAUUCAUUAGCCAUGCUGCAGAUAAUAAAAUACAAUGUUUUCCCCUUCAAAUCUAAAACGUAUUAGUUCAAUGUCCUGCUCUAUACCUUUAUACAGAGCAGGACUUAAUUAAUAGACCUUUUGUUCAUAGUGCAAUUUAUACAAAAGUUAGUCCGGUUGUGAAGGGGCCUUUACAGCAAAGUGACUAAAAGCCACGCCCCCAAAUAGCUGCUUGGUAUGUGGCAAGCCACGCCCAUAUGAGCUGCUGCGUGUUGCUCAGCCACGCCCUUAAAUGCAGCUACGCUUAUAAAAAAUACGCCCCUAAUUACUACUAAGCGCAUGAAAACUAUACCCCCAACAACACUAAACGUGUAAAAGCCACGCCCCCAGUGAAAUAAGUCCACAACAAACUUGGUGCGUAGAAACCACGCCCUUUAAUAACUACUAAGCACGUAAAACCGUGUAUUAGGCCUCCUAAAAGUUUCUAAGUGCAUAAAAGCAACGCCCUUAAUAAAAUAAACGCGUGAAAACCACGCUCCUGAUAUUGCUUAGGGCCACGCCCCGAACACCACUUGAAAGCAAAAACAAAAUAACCUGGUAAAAGGCACGUCCUCAACAAGCUUACCGCUUAGAAACCACGCCCCUUUGAUAACUACUAAGCACGUACAGCUGCGCUCCCUGAUCACGGCUAAGCGCGUAGAAACCACGCCUCUAAUAUCAUAUAGUAAGGCUAAUGCCUUUUCAAAGCCACGGCGCCAAUAUUACAAAGCGCGCAAAGCCACGCCUCCAAAACGCUGUUAAUCGCGUAAAUAAUAAAUAAAUAGAUGCGUGAAGGACACGCCUACAAUAAUAAGAAACUUUAAAGACCACGCCUUACAAACGCUGCCAAGCACGUGAAAGCCACACCCUAAGUAAAAACACGCCCCUAAUACUCCUUAACGUACCCCUAAUGAAAUACUCACUACCCCUAAUCGUUACACAUAACAGGUCAAAGCCACGCCCCCUAUUAACUGCUCACGUUCACAAGAUGGCGGUCAGCGGAGGUGGGGGCUGCUUCUGUACCUGACCGACGUUUCUAACUCUCUCUUUAGCAAGUGGUUAAUACUUAUAACCAACAAGCUUGAUUUAUAUAUCAUCUGAAAGACAGAUGUCUGUAAAUUGACAGCCACUACUGCACUAAAGGAGAUCUGAGGUACCUUGUUCUCAGUCAAACGUUCACAAUGUGUUCAAUUCCUGGGCUCCCAUCACCUGGCUCGAAUGUGACCGUACUCAUUACCAGAGUGAACUUAAACCCGUUCUGUGUUCUGGUUGAGUUUUGGGCUAAUUUAGUCCAGGAUCAGAAAAAUGCCUAUCAGCAAAUGAAAAAAGAGAUUCAAUACCCCAAAGAAGUGUUUUGUGCAGGAGAAGGCAAGCCCGGCGACCUGUGUCUUGUGCAGGUUUAUGAGACAUGGUACAGAGCCCGUAUAGUGUCGAAAAACAACGCUCACUACAGCGUGUUUCUCAUUGAUGAAGGCAAAACCUUUUGGGCGCAUGUUAGCCUUUUGGCUUGGGGCCAAAACAGCUUUUUCAACCUGCCUCCUGAAGUUGAAUUUUGCAUUCUUUCCAACGUCCUGCCGUUAUCUCCAGAAAAAAGAUGGUCGAAAUUGGCAUUGGCGUUCAUCAAAUCCUACUGUGGGAGAACAGUUACUGCCUCUGUUUUGGAUUUUGCCAUACCCCAGCGUGCUUUCCUUCUUGAUAUUCCCUGCAUGUCCAGGCAAAUGCAAGAGCUGGGAUUUGCAAAGAAAUUGUCGAAUGAAGAGUUUAGAGACUUUGUUUCCAGAUCCUUACAGUCUGAUGCUGGGCCCGUUCAGCUGUCUGGGACCGCAUUUGUGGAAUCCGAACCGUUGGAACAAAUCAAGAGACGUAUGUGUUACAUGUAUCCCGAGCUGCAAGCUAAAACUACAGAGACUGUGCUAAUCACAGAGGUAAUCAGUCCCCAACGUGUCUUCUGUCAGCUAAAGGUUUUUUCCCACGAACUCAAGAAACUGACCGAGCAGAUAACUCAGCAUUAUGAAAGAGCAGUCGGAUCUCAUUUUGCGGGACCUGAGAACUUGGGGUCCCCUUGUGCGUCAAAAGGAGCCGAUGGAAGGUGGUAUCGCUCCGUCUUGCAGCAGGUCAUGACCACCAACAAUGUAGUCGAGGUGCUGCAUGUGGAUUACGGGAAGAAACAGUUGGUUCAAGCUGAUCUCGUUCGACCACUGGCCCCAGAAUUCCUCCGAAUGCCUGUUGUGACUUAUGUUUGCUCUCUUCAUGGAGUUAUCGAUCAAGGUUUUGAUUGGACAGCUUCGCAGAUCGAUUAUUUGAAAUCCCUUCUUCUCAACAGAACGGUCAUUGCCAAAUUUGAGUAUCUGAGCCCCUCUGAGGGGGUCCACUACAUCACACUCUAUGGAGAUGAAAACAGUAACAUAAACAAGUUAUUUGGUUUGAGAGAGAAGUGCUUAAUUGAUUUACGGUGCCUUGGUGCCAUGGCACCUUUGAUUGGAACAUGUGAGAGAUGCCAUCUUUCUGUUAACGACGAUGCCGACGAAACACAAGAAUUAAAAGGGAUAUUUACUGAAAGUCUGUCACCUAAUACUUACCUCGUGGCUGUUGUGCAGCAUGUUGAUAGCCCAUCAAUGUUUUGGAUCCAGAGCCAGAAAUAUGCUGCUGACUUUGACCUGUUAAUGAAUGAACUGAUGGAGCUUUACAGUAACCAGACCAGAGCUAGUGGAUUGAUUAGAAAGCCUGUAGCUGGUCUUCUUUGUGCGGCCAAAGCUAAAGACAACGUGUUCUAUAGGGCCGCUAUUUGUGAAGUCAUUGACAAUAAGGCAGAGGUUUUUUUCCUCGACUAUGGAAACAAAGAACUGGUUGAUUGUAGCAACCUCUGCAAGUUGCCCCUCAGGUAUCAAAACCUACCAGCUUUGGCAAUUAAGUGUGCACUUAAUGGCAUUCAACCCAGAGGUAAGGAAUGGGAUCUAAAUGCCACAUUGUUUUUUUCUAAAGCUGUUGUCGACAGGGUCCUUGAUGUACAUGUACUUGCAAAGUCUGAAGACACCCAUCUUGUCCAGGUUUUUGAUGGGAAAAAGAUUUUUCUAAGCUGCUUUGUAGUGCAGGUUUUGCAGACAUGGAACCUAUAUAGACCUGUGGUCACCCCAUACUCUAAAGUGAUACAGACUUCUAAUGUUUCCAAGACAUGUGCUGUGUCUCAGGGGUCUAGUUUUAAGGAGUACCUGUUUCCAAUUGGAAGCUCGUUUGAUGUUAUCGUGUCCCACAUCGAGAGCCCAAAUGACUUUUGGUGUCAGAAAGCUAAUAAUGCGAAUUGUCUGAGACUUCUAAUGGAAAAUCUGCAGGUGUUCUACACAAACUCUAGAUUUCAGCCUCCUGUGGAAGCUACCUGUAUUGUUCGUCACCCCGAAAAAAAAUUGUGGUUUCGCGCUUUGGUCAUCGAAACACACCAGGCCUCAGAGGUAACAGUACUAUUUGUUGAUUAUGGGGAAACGAAGCGAAUUCCCAUUUGUGAACUUCGCCGCAUCGAUCCAGAAUUCCUUAAACUAAAAGGACAAGCUUUCCGAUGCUGCUUGUAUAACUUGGGGUAUCCAUUCACUCAUUCCAGUCUGGGAUGCAGUCAAGAUGCUAUGCGGCAGUUUCAAGAGUUUGUGGACCAGGCAUCCUCGAUGAACGUAAUGCUGAAAUGCACUGUAUAUGCUGUGAUGUGUAACUCUCAGAAAGUGGUUUUUAACGUUGUGGAUUUGGAGAGUCCAUUUCAAAGCAUCUGCGGACUUCUUCAACAGCGUGGUCUGGCUGACCACGCAUAUAAAACAGCAGCUUUGCCUGCUUUAAGGCUGGAUACAUACUACUACUCCUCACACAGCAUCAAAAUGGGGUCUGAGGAAGAUGUAUGCAUUACUUAUGUGAACAAUGUCAACCAAUUCUUUUGUCAUCUGCGAAGAAAUUCUGUGCAGAUUCAAGAACUUGCCGAUCAAGUCGACAGCUUAUGCAACCGACUCCAGAGUGUAAAAUGUCCAGAAACCUUUGGGAACGUUUGCUUUGCGAAACAUACUGACGGGCUGUGGUAUAGAGGAGAGUUUAAAUCUGAGCCUUCAUUUCUAGUCCACUUUGUGGAUUACGGCUACACGCAGCAAGUGGAGGAAUCGGACCUCCUACCAGUUCCUGUUGAAGCCACUGAGAUUAUGACAAUACCUGUGCAAGCAGUCGAGUGUGGGCUUUCUGAUGUGCCCGAAAAGGUUUCAAGUGAAGUGAAUAACUGGUUUAAAAGUUUUGUGACUGAUCGCUUGUUCCAAGCCUUGAUAGUAACCCGAGAGCCAUCUGGUAAACUAAUUGUUGAGCUAUAUGAUGGGAAAAUUCCCGUAAACGCAAUAAUAAGAGAGAAAUUUCACAUUGUAGUGGAGAGAAAUGAGCAAAUUACUGUAAAAGCACGGAAUCGGUCAUAUGGUGUUUCUGAACAACAAAGGGAGAAACGCAGUGGACUUCUGCAAAAUACUGGAGAACUCAGAAACGUUCCGACUUUGAGGGAAACUCAGGAAAAAGUUUUAACGAUGAUGUGCAAAAAGACCUUACCCCAGUAACAGCCAAGCAAAAAUUAUUUCAAAGGGGAUCUAAUAGUGAAUGGAAAAAUGCCAAGCCAAGUGUCCUCAAACAAGCAGAGCUCCCUGUAAAAGCACUCACACCGGGUCUGGCAGCCGAAGUAUUCGUCUCGCAUUGUAAUA